AUGGCACCUCACAUGUCGAAGACCGCAGCCGCUGCUGCUGUGGUGGCAGGAACUGCCUUUGUGUCCUUGCCAAGUCAGCGCUCAGCGCCCACCUCCCGCGCGCCUGCCCUGCGCGGAAACGCUCCAGCCCAUGCGAAUGCAACGGGCAUGAUGAGCACUGUAGGCAGUGUGGCACUUGGUGCGACAGCUGUUGCCGCGCUGCGUAAGAAAGAGUCCAGCAAGGCCUCCCAGCUGAAGGCUUUUGAGAAUGAGCUGGGCGUGCAGCCGCCCUUGGGCUUCUGGGAUCCCGCCGGAUUGUCCAGCGACGCCUGGACGGUCGACAUCGUGUUCUUUCUUUCGGGAUACAUUGUGCAGGAGUUCUUCAGAUUUCCGGGAUAUGUCUCUCCUUCUAGUGAGCUCAAGUUCACCGACAUCCCCAACGGACUUGCAGCAGCCACCAAAGUUCCAGCCGUUGGUUGGUUCCAGUACACCAUCUUCUGCGGCAUUUGCGACCUUUGGCUGAUGCACCAGGUCCCAACCAACCCAGCGGGAAAGCUGUGCACUCGCCUGUUUGGUGAGGGAGCCACCAACUACGAGUACGGCUUCUUGGGACUUCCCGGAUACUUGGGUGGCAAGGCAAUCGAGGACGCUGACGUCAAGAAGAAGAAGCUCAACGCGGAAAUUGCCAAUGGACGUUUGGCCAUGAUGGCCAUCAUUGGCAUGUUUUUCCAAGAUGGUCUUACGGGAUCUGCUUGGGGUGAUUGGGCCAACUACACCGAGUCUCCGCUCCGGGCCUUCGAGAGCGAGUUGGGCGUCCAGGCGCCCCUCGGCUACUUCGACCCCAUGGGCCUCUCCAAGGAGAAGCGGGAUGGGGAUGUGGAAACCUUCCGUCGGCGCCGCGAGUGUGAGCUGACGCUUGGGCUUCUUUCGAAUGGAAGGAAGGUGCUUCUUCCCGCCGGAAGCGGGAAGAGGUACAUGGUCCCGGAGUACUUCAAGUUCCCGGGAUAUUUGGCGCCCUCCUCGAACCUGAAGUUUGCAGAUGUGCCCAACGGCCUUGCUGCCAUUACCAAGGUGCCUGCUGAGGGUUGGCUGCAGUGGGUGGCUCUGUGCGGCUGCUACGAGUUCUGCGUGAACACCCCGGUGGAUGCGGCGGAGCCGGGCAACUAUGGCAAGGGUCGCCUGGGCUAUGGCAACAUGGUCCUGGGCAUCACCGCGGAACCCAUGCAGGAUGCGGAGGCCCGAAAGCGUGCCUUGAACUCUGAGUUGGCCAACGGACGCCUGGCCAUGAUGGCCAUUGUAGGCCUUUGGGUGCAGGAUGGCUUGUUCGGCAGCCCCUAUGGACUCUAUACCGGAUCCAGCGCCUUUGAGAGCGAGCUGGGUGUCCAGCCGCCCGUGGGCUUUUGGGACCCCUUGGGUUUCACCAAGACCGACGACGCGGCCUCCUUCCGCCGACGUCGCUACGUGGAGCUCAAGCACGGCCGUGUGGCCAUGUUCGCAUGCUUGGGAUACAUCGUGCCCGAGUACUACCGCUGGCCAGGCGAUUUGUCCCCUUCCUUGGGACUCAAGUUUAGCGAUGUGCCCACUGGCUUCGCCGCCUUCAGCAAGGUGCCCUUGAGCGGCUGGGCCCAAAUGGUCUUCUUUGCCGGCUCGGUCGAGCUCUUCCAAUAUGUGGACGACCCCAAGCGUGCGCCGGGCGACUUCGCGAACGCGGGCUUCCUGGGAGUGCCCAACAGCUACGUCAAGGCGCCCGAGGGCACCAAGGAGAAGAAGCUCGCCGCGGAGAUCGCCAACGGGCGAUUGGCCAUGAUGGCCAUCAUCGGAAUGUUCUUCCAGGACGGCCUGACCGGCUCCGCCUGGGGCGACUGGGCCAACUACACUGAUUCGCCGCUCCGCGCAUUGACCCCAGCUCAGGAGUGCAUCGCGGGGACUGGAGGGCCCUUGCCAGACAUGUACUGGGACCCGGCUGGCAUCACCAGCAAGAAGAGCAAGGAGGAGAUCCUGGAGCUGCGCGCCCAGGAGUUGAAGCAUGGCCGCGUGGCGAUGUUGGCGUGCAUCGGUUGGUUCCAUGUGGCCGGCGGCUUCCACAUCAUCGGAGACUAUGCGGUGGGAGUGCACUUGGAUGACAAUCCCUUGGUCAGCUUGACCCAGAUGCCCAUGGGUGGCAUUUGGCAGGUGGUCUUCACCAUCAUGUGCCUGGAAUGGCUGACCACCUACGUUUGCAAGCCUCCGGCCGAGAAGCCUUGGGACAUCCUGGGCUGGUCAGACAUCCUCGUUGAGGAUGAGAAGAGCAUUUGGAAUCAGUUCCGCAAGGCUGAACUUCAGGAGCUGAACAACAGCCGUUUGGCGAUGAUGGGCAUUGUUGGGCUCAUUACUCAGGCCCGAUGGGACAUGAUGGGACGUGGCGGGUCGUGGAAAUAG